AUGCUCGAUUUAACUAUGCGAUUCGCCGACACGCUCCGGUCCCUGGAGUUCCGUCCCGGCGCACGAAACUUAACGGAAUCUGAUGACGACAGGCUGACGUGCCACGGCAUCGCGCGAAUCCUUGGACAGGCACCGAGGAUCGAAACCCUGACUCUGGUCAGUUGCGUGGAGUACAGCUGCCGGCUACUGGAUUCGCUACCCAUGCUCAAACCAGACUUCGAGAGGGUGCUGUUACCAGCCGUGCCACGUCAGCUCAAGUCGCUGAGUGUGCGCUCCGACCACUUUCUCUGCCCGGUGACCCGGGAUCGUCCACCCCCACUCCGCAAACCCCUCCGCCUCCGUGUGUUCCUGCACUUACCCCUCCGCCACCCCCUCCUCCUCCGCCACCCCCUCCCCCUCCGCGUGUUCCUGCGCCAUCUCCACCCCCCUCUCCCCCUCCGCGUGCUCCUUCGCCCCCUCCGCCACCCCCUCCCCCUCCGCGUGUUCCUGCGCCUCCCCCUCCGCCACCCCCUCCCCCUCCGCGUGUUCCCGCGCCUCCUCCUCCCCGCUCUCCCCCUCCGCGUGUUCCUGCGGCCCCUCCUCCGCCACCCCCUCCCCCGCCAUGUGUUCAUGCGCUCCCUCCGCCCCCCCCUCCCCCGCCACGUGUUCAUGCGCCCCCUCCGCCCCCCUCUCCCCCUCCGCGUGUUCCUGCGCCCCCUCCUCCGCCACCCCCCUCCCCCUCCGCGUGUUCUUGCGCCUCCUCCGCCACCCCCUCCCCUUCCGCGUGUUCCUCCACCCCCUCCGCCCCUCCCAUCCCCUCCGCGUUGUCCUCCACCUCCCCUGCCGCCUCCUAAUUGGAUCCCCCCCCCCGCCGCGGCCUCCCCCGUUCAAGCUUCCGCGCCUGACAGCCCUCGCGCUCUGCGCGGAUUCUGUCACCUGGGAGACGCUCUUUCGCUUCGCCUCCUCGCACUCCUCCCGUCGCUACAGCGCCUCUCUCUCGUGUCAUACCGCCUCGCGCCCCUUCCGGAGUACAAGCAGUGGGAGGCGGCACACGCAACGACAGAGCGCCGCGGAGUAGGACGGGCGAGGAGGUCAGCUGAUGCAGCUGAUAAUGCUGCGGCGGCUGUAGAGACAUCUCAAAAGUCAGCCGAUGCAGCCAAUGCAGCCGAUGCGGCGGCUGCUCUUCUGGCUCACCUCUCCUUGCUCGCCGAAGCACCCAAGGAUGCUGACAACCCUUUCUCAUGCGCGUUAGGCUCAGCUACCCCCCUGGCGCCGUGCCUCUCCUCCAUCCGUCUAUAUAUCACCCCCCAUCACUCCGUUCCCCCAUCACUCCGUUCCCCCAUCACUCCGUUCCCCCAUCACUCCGUUCCCCCAUCACUCCGUUCCCCCAUCACUCCGUUCCCCCAUCACUCUGUUCCCCCAUCACUCUGUUCCCCCAUCACUCCGUUCCCCCAUCACUCCGUUCCCCCAUCACUCCGUUCCCCCAUCACUCCGUUCCCCCAUCACUCGGUUCCCCCAUCACUCCGUUCCCCCAUCACUCCGUGGCCUGGGAUCUGCUUCCCGCCUCCUCCCUCCUGCUCGCCCUCUCUGCUAAAAGCUCUGGGUGGCUGUGAGAACGUGGGGCCAGUGGGGCUGCGCCAGCUGGCGAGGCGAUGCGGGCGGCUGGGGGUGCUGCGGCUGGCGCGGACGGCGGUGGACGAUGCUGCUAUCGUGGCGGCCCUGUUCGGCGACAGUUGGCGCGGCGGCAGCGUGGGUGGGGCAGUGAAUGCUGCUGUUGGCAGUGCUGUCGUUGAAAUUUCACCUGAGCGUACCCCUGAAAUUUCACCUGGACCCGAUGACGCUGCUACUGGUGCAGCAGGCAGUGCUCCUGAGCCUCCUCCUGAGAUUUCAUCUUCUCCUGACGCUGCUGCUGGUGUAGGCAGUGCUUCCGGUGCGCCACUGCAGCUGCAGCUGCCGCAGCUGGUUCUGCUGGACCUGUAUGGAUGCCCGGGGGUGUCGUCUACCCUCCUGCUCGCCCUCUCAGCAGUUGCCAGGGAGCUUGCUGGCAACAGGGAGAAGAGCAGGGAAACUGGGUUGGCUGAAGUGGUGGCGGUGGAUGGGGGGUGUGAGGAGCAGGAGGAAAUUGCAGGCGAGGGUUUGGGGCAUGAGGAGGAAAGGAUGAGGUGGAGUGGGUGCUUUGGGCUGCAGGAUUUCAGGCUGCGGCGGCUGGUGGUUUCUCCUGGAGUGAUUGCUGGGGAUCGGUGGAGGGGAAGCAAGGAAGGUGGAAGCAGGGAAGGUGGAAGCGAGGGUGACAUGGGAAGGGGUGAAGGGAGUGGAGAAGCUUGUUUCGAUAACGGUAGUGUGGAGUUUAGGAAGUGGAGGGAGUUGAGGCGUGCUGGCAGGGAGGUUGGGAUGCUGCUGCCACGGCUGGUGGUGACUGGUCGAAGGACCGCGGAGCAUGUUUUGCCGUGGAAUGGUUUCUUCAGAGAGUGGCAACUUGCUGUGGUUGGUGGCGAGGAGGACGAGAGUGUUAUUAGUGCUGGUGAUGAUGCUUGUGAUGAUGCAUGUGAUGAUGCAUGUGAUGAUACAUGUGAUGAUACAUGUGAUGAUAAUGGAGAAUGCGACGAUGAUGCAGCGAGUGAUGGUGCAGAAUGGGAUGAUGCAGAAUGGGUCUUCUGCCCCUCUCUCACCGCUCUCCUGAACCUCCCUCAAUCCCCAUCCCGUCCUCUCUUUCCUACUCCAAUCCAUCCCUUUUCCGCCUCUCCCAUCCCUCCCUUGCCCUUCCUCCCCCUUCUCUUUGAUCCCACUUUCUCCUUCGUUCCAUUCCCCCCUUGCCCUUUUCCCCCCGUUUCCCUCCUUGUCCUCCAUUCCCGUUCCUUCUUGCCCUUCCCUUCGUUCUCCCUUGCCCAUUUCCUCCCACUUAACCCAUUGCCUUUUUCACCAUUUCCCCCCUGCGCUUCCGUCCGUUUCGCCCUUGCCUUUCCCUCCGCAUCCCCUUGCCGCCUCUCCCCGCCUAUCUCCCCCUGUGUGCUUAAACCAUCCCUUCCCUCCAGUCCUCUCUCCUUCCUUCCCUCCCCGCCUAUCUCCCCCUGUGUGCUUAAACCCGCCCUUCCCUCCAGUCCUCUCUCCUUCCUUCCCUUCCUGCCUAUCUCCCCCUGUGUGCUUAAACCCGCCCUUCCCUCCAGUCCUCUCUCCUUCCUUCCCUCCCCGCCUAUCUCCCCCUGUGUGCUUAAACCCGCCCUUCCCUCCAUUCCUCUCUCCUUCCUUCCCUCCCCGCCUAUCUCCCCCUGUGUGCUUAAACCCGCCCUUCUCUCUUUCCCCUUCCUCCCCGGCCCGUCUCCCCCUCUGCUCAUGAACCCACCCUUCCAUCCCCACCUCUCUCCAUCCUUCCCCCCUCGCCUAUUGCCCCCUCUGCCCUGUCACCGCCCUUCCCCCCCCCCUCUUCCUUCCUUCCUUCCCCCCAUAUUUCCGUCCUUCCUUCCCCCCCUCUUUCCGUCCUUCCUUUCCCCCCUCUUUCCGUCCUUCCUUCCCCCCUCUUUCAGUCCUUCCUUCCCCCCUCUUUCCGUCCUUCCUUCCCCCUCUUUCCGUCCUUCCUUCCCCCUCUUUCCGUCCUUCCUUUCCCCUCUCCAAGCCCCUCUGCCCUUUUGCCACACUUCCCUCCCCACCUCUCUCCUUCCCUCCCUCCCUGUCCCUGUCUAUAUCCCCUCUGCCUUUGUCCCUCCUACCUAUGGUAUGUCCCGUCCUCGUUUCCCUUUCUGCAUCCUACAUGACAUCACAACCCUUUCUGCCUCACUCCUCCCGCCCCUCUCUGCCCCUCUCCACUUUUCCGCCUCUCUCGUCUCCUCCCAUCCCUGCUCAGUCCUGCACCACACCCUCUGUUUCCCCUUUUCCCUCUUCACCGUUUUACCGCCUGCGUUAUAG